AUGGACUUACUGGGCCCCAUGGAGAUGACAGAGGGCUCCCUCUGUUCCUUUGCGGCCACCGAUGACUUCUAUGAUGACCCGUGCUUCAACACGUCGGACAUGCACUUCUUCGAGGACCUGGACCACCGGCUGGCGCAUUGCCUGCUGUGGGCCUGCAAGGCUUGCAAGAGGAAGACCACCAACGCUGACCGCCGUAAGGCUGCCACCAUGAGGGAGCGGCGACGGCUCAGCAAGGUCAACGAGGCCUUCGAGACCCUCAAGCGCUGCACCUCCACCAACCCCAACCAGCGCCUGCCCAAGGUGGAGAUCCUGCGCAACGCUAUCCGCUACAUCGAGAGCCUGCAGGCGCUGCUGCGGGGGCAGGAGGGCACUUACUAUCCGUUUGAAUCGGAUGCCUCCAGCCCCCGCUCCAACUGCUCUGAUGGCAUGAUGGAGUACAGCGGGCCUCCGUGCAGCUCUCGCAGAAGAAACAGCUAUGACAGCAGCUACUACACAGAAUCACCAAAUGAUCCAAAGCACGGGAAGAGUUCUGUUGUUUCCAGCCUCGAUUGCCUCUCAAGCAUUGUGGAGAGGAUUUCCACAGAUAAUUCCACAUGUCCUGUACUGCCUCCAGUGGAAACUGUUGCUGAAGGGAGUCCCUGUUCUCCCUCAGAAGGAGGGAGUCUGAAUGAUAGCGGAGCCCAAAUUCCUUCCCCCACCAACUGCACCCCACUUUCCCAAGAUAACAGCAGCACCAACCCUAUCUACCAAGUGCUAUAA